CAAUGAGAGCAUUUUGCUUAGUUGGAUUGGUUAUAUUAGCUUCAAUAUCUACAACUUUGGCCACUAAAGGUAUCGAUUUGAGUGCCUCAUUCAAUAACUUUUCUUGUGUUAAAAAUGCUGGAUAUUCUUUUGCUAUCGUCAGAGGAUACAAGAGUUAUGGCGAAGUAGAUACCGUAGGCCACUAAAAUCUUAAGAAUGCCAAAGCUGCUGGUUUAAUUGGAGAUGCCUAUUUUUUCCCUUGCAAAGGAAGUAAUAAUUAUAUUUAUCAUUAAUAGAAAAGACUGCUUCUGCUUAAGUAACUGAAUUUGAUAAUGUAUUUGGUUCAGAAUACGGGACAGUUUGGAUUGAUGUAGAAUCUAACCCAAGUACUGGAUGUGGAUGGAGUAGUUCUGAUCAUACAGGAAAUUGCCAAUUUUUAUAAGAUAUUGUGAAUGCAUUUACUGCCAAGAAGAGAUUAGUAGGAAUCUAUGCUUCUUAAUAUUAAUGGUCAACUAUAAUGGGAUCAGCUUCAUCAUGUGCAAAAUUUACUUCUCAUCCUCUUUGGUAUGCUCAUUAUGAUAACAAUCCUUCCUUCAGUGAUUAUCCAAAAUACGCUUUGGGUGGAUGGACUACACCAUCUAUCAAAUAAUAUGUAGGUGACACAACUUUAUGUUCUGUUGGAGUCGAUUUGAAUUUCUAUUGAA